AUGGACAAAGGUAGAAUGUUUUUGCUGAUGCUGUUGCAAUGUUGGAUAGCUAUGGCAGGAGCUGAGCAUUUCAAAUACAAAGAUCCAAAGCAACCAUUGAAUACUCGAAUUAAGGAUCUUGUUGAUAGAAUGACUUUGGAAGAGAAAAUCGGUCAAAUGGUUCAAAUUGAGCGCAAGGUUGCAUCUGCUGAUGUGAUAAAGAAGUAUUACGUUGGGAGUGUUCUAAGUGGUGGUGGAAGUGUUCCGAGGGUGAAUGCUACUGCGAAGGAUUGGGUUGAUAUGGUGAAUGAGUUUCAAAAAGGUGCAUUAUCAACUAGGCUUGGAAUUCCAAUGAUUUAUGGAGUUGAUGCUGUUCAUGGUCAUAACAAUGUUUAUAAUGCUACUAUUUUUCCUCACAAUGUUGGCCUAGGAGUUACAAGGGAUCCUCGACUAUUGAAGAGGAUUGGUGAAGCAACUGCUCUUGAAACUAGAGCGACCGGAAUUCCAUAUGCCUUUUCUCCUUGCAUUGCGGUUUGUAGAGAUCCAAGAUGGGGUAGAUGUUACGAAAGCUAUAGCGAAGAUCAUAAAAUUGUGCAAGCUAUGACUGAGAUCAUUCCAGGAUUACAAGGUGACGUGCCUCCGAAUUUCCCAAAGGGUUUUCCGUAUGUUGGUGGAAACAAGAAAGUAGCAGCUUGUGCGAAACACUUUGUUGGUGAUGGUGGAACAACAAAAGGAAUCAAUGAGAACAACACAGUUGCAACCAGAGAUGAACUGCUUAGCAUUCACAUGCCAGCUUACUAUAACUCAAUUAGCAAGGGUGUUUCGACCGUCAUGGUUUCUUACUCAAGCUGGAAUGGACGGAAAAUGCAUGCUAAUCACGAUUUAAUCACUCGAUUUCUCAAGAACAAACUCCGUUUUCAAGGUUUUGUCAUAUCAGAUUGGGAGGGAAUUGACAGGAUAACUUCACCUCCUCAUGCUAACUACACAUAUUCAAUUGAAGCCUCAAUCAAUGCCGGUAUUGACAUGGUAAUGACUUCAGAUAACUACACAGAAUACCUAGAUGGCUUAAAGUUACUAGUGCAAAAAAAUGUUGUACCUAUGAGUAGAAUUGAUGAUGCAGUGAAAAGAGUCUUGAGAGUCAAGUUUGUGAUGGGUCUAUUUGAAAAUCCAUUGGCUGAUUACAGUCUCGCCAACCAAAUCGGGAGCCAGGAGCAUAGAGAAUUGGCUAGGGAAGCUGUGAGGAAAUCAUUAGUACUAUUAAAGAACGGCAAAACUGCUCAUAAGCCAUUGCUUCCUCUUUCUAAAAAGGCUCCGAAAAUACUUGUUGCCGGAAGUCAUGCUGAUAAUCUCGGAUAUCAAUGCGGUGGAUGGACGAUGGAAUGGCAAGGACUUAGCGGCAACAACAUUACUAGUGGCACCACAAUUCUAAAUGCGAUAAAAAACACAGUCGACAAAGGCACCGAGGUAGUCUAUCAGGAGAAUCCAUCUCUCGACUACGUAAAGUCAAACAAUUUUGCGUACGCGAUUGUGGUAGUCGGAGAGACACCAUACGCAGAAACAAAAGGCGACAGCUUAAACUUAACGAUAUCUGGUAAGGGAGGAGAAACAAUAAACAAUGUAUGUGGCGGAGUAAAAUGUGUGGUUGUGUUAAUCACAGGCAGACCUGUGGUUAUGUUACCGUAUGUUGAUAUAGUCGAAGGACUUGUUGCGGCUUGGCUUCCGGGUAGCGAAGGAAAUGGUGUUACAGAUGUUUUGUUUGGUGAUUAUGGAUUUAGUGGGAAACUUGCAAGGACAUGGUUUAAGAGUGUUGAUCAGUUACCUAUGAAUGUUGGUGAUUCUCAUUAUGAUCCUUUGUUUCCAUUUGGAUUUGGUCUUACAACUAAAGGUCUUAAGAGUAGUUAG